UUAAAAAACGCCCCGAAGCGGGGACACGAACACUGUUCAGGUGUGUGUUGUUGUGUGUGGUUCCUGAUCUGAGCGGAGUUUCUGUUUCGCAACCUUGUCCUACAUUCAAUUUAUCCGUGAAUAGCGUUCAAUUAUAGAAGCAACCAUACUUAUUCGCAAAGAAAUGCGAUCAGUUUGUUUAGUGAUCGUCAUUCUUGCUCUCAGCAUAAGCUGUGGAGACGCAGCCAAGAAACGGAAGAAGUUCGAAGGCGACUUCGAGUUUGCAGAUGACGCGCUGGACGGUGCCAAAAGGAAUGGUGAUAAGAAGACGUGGAUUUUUGAUCCCGAAAGUGAACUGUGCCAAGCAUUGAAAUGCCGCAAAGAGGAGCGGUGUCUUUUGGAGAACGACUACACCGCUGUUUGCGUCAGCCGAGCAGAGAUAAAACGAAAUGGUGAUGUAGUAAUCCCCAAAAGCGAAAGCCGCAGUAGCUCGACCACAACUGCUCGUUCGCUGGACGACGAGGACGAUGAUUACGAUAUCGAGGACGAUGAAGAAGAUGAUGACGUAAUGGAUAUCGACGAUAAAGAUACAAUAAAUUUGAAUGAGAACGAAGAAAACAAUGUAGAUGAUGACCUCGGCUUGGAAUUUUAUGAUCUUGACGGAGGAGAAGACAACAAUUCCCGAAAACUGAAAUUCACUACCCCAGCUUCGGCCCUGCUAAAAAAAUGUACACCUUGCCCGGUUGUUAAGCCGUCCUACAUCUGUGCAACAGAUAACACCACAUAUAGCUCCAUUUGCAAGAUGGAUUACGCUAAUUGCAUGCACGACACUCUCGUCAAAGUUGCUUGCAAGGGUUUUUGCCCCUGUCCCACCGCCUCGCAGCUCAAAAAAGAAAAACAGGCCAUGCGACUUUCGCAGUUUGAGAGCAAAUACAAGUCUACCAUCGAGGGUGCUAAAGAGCCUUCGGCCUUUAAACCCAAAGUAAUUUUUGCUCCCGAUGUGGUCAAAUUCAAGAAAGAGCUCUUUGGAAAGAAAAAGUCUAAAGUGAACGAUGCCGCAUCAAUGUUUGAUGCGUCGACUGACAAAUAUAGGAAACGAGGUUACAAUGAUGUCUUGAUUGAGAAGAAGGAAACCCCAAUUUCAUCUGUGGACACUGAAUGUAGCGAUACAACUUUCAACACUAUGGGUAACAGGCUCUUGGAUUGGUUUUCCGUGCUCAUGGCUCAACCUGGACAGAAGAAGCACAUAAAAUCAAGAGCUCAUUUCUCUUCAGCUUGUGCCAAAGAAGUCGUUUGGAUGUUCGGUUAUUUGGACAGCAAUAAAGACAAUCAGCUCUCAAUGAGUGAGCUGUAUGAUCUGGAACACAAUGAACGUGAAAGCUGUCUAAAACCUUUCUUGGAUAAAUGCGACGACAAUAGGGAUAUCUUCUUAACAAGCUCUGAAUGGUGCCGAUGCUUCAGCAAAGCCGACCGUCCAUGCGUUGCAAUGCGAAGGCGUUCUAAGCCCGGAUUGUUGGGCGCUUACAUCCCAACUUGCGAUUCAGACGGUUUCUUUUUACCUACCCAGUGUCACACGGCUGUUGGUACUUGCUGGUGUGUGGAUAAGCAUGGUGUUGAGCAGAACGGUUCGCGGGCUAGAGGCAAACCUGAUUGCGAACGAGUUUUGCAGAGGAAUGGCCUUAUGAAUUCAUUAGGUGACAAUGAUAAGGAAGAUUCGAUUAGCCAACUUGACGAUUCCGACGAGAUGGAAGAGGGGAGUGGAGAUUACUAAAUAGAUAUUUAGAGGCUUGUUUCUCGUUCCUUGUUUCUUUGUUAAAGUCCCCCUUUCCUUUUUUAAAACUAUAACUCUAGCUUUGUUCGCGCAGCUUGUAAUGAGAUUUCAUUUUACUAGGCUAGACGUCAAUUUUAAGAUGAUUUGAAAGUACCCGUUUCGAAUCUCAAAUCAGGCAUUCCGCGUUCUCACGGUGAACAUUUCUGCCGUUGUACACACCUCACGAAUUUUCACCAUCGCCAUGAUCAAUCCUGCCCUGAGAAACAAAUAUGCAAUACUCUUUGUAACCCGACAUGCUGCUGCCCGUCUCUGCCGAGUUAUUCCUAACUAUCGUAGCAUUCUAUAUCCAUAGCAAUGAUUUCCAUAAUUUGAAUAUGUCUCGUGUGACAGUUGUUUUAAUUAAUCUUGGCGGCAUCACUAAUUCAAAUACAAUUAAGUUGUAACGCCAAA